CUCACCGCCACCAACGACCAACUUACGUACCCCGGAUUUCCGCACAACCCCCGCCACCAUGGUUCUCCAAGAUCUCGGUCGGCGCAUUAAUGCUGCUGUAUCGGACCUCACGAGGUCACCGAACCUCGAUGAGAAGGCAUUCGAUUCCAUGGUCAAAGAAAUCUCCAACGCCCUAGUCGAAGCAGACGUUAACGUAAAACUCGUCAUGAACUUGCGUAACUCAAUAAAGCGCGCUGUCGACUUCAAACAUCUCUCACCUGGUGUGAACAAGAAGCGGAUAAUCCAGAAAGCUGUGUUUGACGAACUCGUCAGACUUGUAGAUCCACACGCCGAGCCGUUUAAACCGCGGAAGAAUAAGUCCAACGUUAUCAUGUUCGUCGGAUUGCAGGGUUCUGGAAAAACUACCACCUGUACGAAGCUCGCACGCUGGUAUUCUGCGCGUGGAUUCAAGGCAUGUCUGGUUUGCGCCGAUACCUUCCGUGCCGGUGCCUUCGACCAGCUUAAACAAAACGCCACAAAAGCAAAGAUCCCAUACUACGGCAGCCACACGCAAACGGACCCCGUCAUCGUCGCCCGUGAAGGCGUAGAUAAGUUCAAAAAGGAGCGCUUCGAAAUCAUCAUCGUCGACACCUCUGGCCGCCACAGACAGGAACAAGACCUCUUCGACGAAAUGGUGCAAAUCCAAGACGCCGUCCAACCUGACCAAACCAUCAUGGUCCUCGACGCAACCAUCGGCCAACAAGCCGAAGCGCAAUCCCGCGCUUUCAAAGAAGCUGCUGAUUUCGGUGCUAUUGUUAUUACAAAAACCGACGGUGCGGCCGCGGGAGGUGGUGCGAUUUCCGCAGUCGCAGCAACACAUACGCCGAUUGUAUUCAUUGGUACUGGCGAACACAUGCUCGAUCUCGAACGCUUCAGUCCACAACCUUUCGUCUCUAAGCUGCUUGGCAUGGGUGAUGUCGCGGGUCUUGUCGAACACGUGCAAUCCCUGAAACUAGACCAAAAAGACACUAUGAAACACAUAGCCUCCGGCAUCUUCACCAUUAAAGAUCUCCGCGACCAACUCUCCAAUAUCAUGAAAAUGGGCCCGUUGUCUAAAAUGGCGGGUAUGAUCCCGGGGCUGUCCAACAUGAUGGGUGGUAUGGACGACGAAGAAGGCGGCGCAAAGCUCAAACGGAUGAUUUAUAUCUGCGACAGUAUGACGGAGAAAGAACUUGAGUCUGAUGGGAAAAUGUUCGUAGAUCAGCCUACGCGGAUGACGCGCGUAGCACGCGGCUCAGGGACUUCGGUCCGAGAAGUUGAGGAGCUGCUUACCCAGCAUAGGAUGAUGGCGGGGAUGGCCAAGAAAAUGAAAGGCGGGAUGGCGAAUAUGCAGAAAGCGCAGGGUGCAAUGGGAGGCGGGAAUAAACAGCAACAGCUUGCGGCUAUGCAGAAGAGGAUGCAGAGUAUGGGCGGCGCGGGGGGAAUGGGAGGAGGGAUGCCGGAUCUGGGUGCAAUGAUGAAGAUGUUGGGGGGUGGUGGAAGAGGGGGAGGGGGGAUGCCGGAUAUGUCGGCGCUUGGGGGUAUGGGGGGCAUGGAUAUGGCGAGUAUGAUGAAGAUGAUGGGGGGUGGGAUGCCGCCGGGUGGGGGUGGAGGAAGGGGACGAAGGUAG